ACCAAGGAAUAGAUUCCUAACCAAGAAAGAAGAGAAGGAAUAGAUCAUCAGGUCGUGUUUUUUUGUUGUGAUAGAGGUUUGAGAAUGACCCCAUUUUUAAUUUUGUUGUCCCUGUCUUUCAUUGUUAUAAGUAGUACUGAAGGAGCAAAGAGUGUAGAAGAUCUUGAAAUAGAUAGACAACUCAAGAUUCUGAACAGACCCUACAUCAAAAGCAUCAAGACUGUAGAAGGUGAUAUCUUUGAUUGCAUUGACAUCUAUAAACAACCGGCCUUUGAUCAUCCUUUGCUUAAAAACCAUAGCAUUCAGCUGAAACCUAGUGCUUUCCCAGAGGAAAUGAGAGAACCAGAUGAAACUUCACCACCUCUAGCCAAACUUUCUGCUGUUGGAUUGAGUGAGGCCUGCCCAUUUGGUACUGUUCCCAUCAAGAGGACUCGAAAGGAAGACUUGAUAUGGGCGAAAAUGUUCGUGAAAAACUCUCUGUCGAACUCUGGCUCUCCUCAUCAUCAUGCAACGGCAAUAUUACCAGGCAUUCCAGGAAAGCUCUAUCUGGGAGCUGGCGCACGAAUUAAUACACAAAACCCACAAGUUACAAAUACCCAAUUCAGUCAAGCAUUUGUACAGAUUCAAAGUGGCGUUAAAGUGAUUGGUGCCAUUCAAGCUGGAUGGAUGGUGAAUCCAACAUUAUAUGGCGAUAAUGCUACUCGAACUUUUGGUGCAUGGACGGCAGGCAAAGGUACUGGUUGUGUCAAUAUGCUCUGCUCAGGUUUUAUUCAAGUUAACUCGGAAUUUCCUCUUGGUCAUGUCAUUAGUAAGAUUUCCGAGUACGAUGGUGAACAAUAUUAUAUCAACUUUAAAAUAUUCAAGGAUAUCAAAUCAGGAAAUUGGUGGCUUGCACAUGAUGACUUGUAUAAACCUGUUGGGUAUUGGCCAAACUCCUUAUUUUCAAGUCUAUCCAGCUAUGCAACUCAGAUAACAUGGGGAGGAGGAGUUUUGACAGACAACAAUGCAGCUAGUCCCCCAAUGGGAAGCGGCCACUUUGCAGAUGAAGGCUACUCCAGGGCUGCUUAUCAACGAGAACUUCAAAUUGUAGAUCAAUCCAACAAAUUGAUAUAUGUUGACGACGAUUUACUGCAAUAUGACGCAGAUAUCCAAAAAUGUUACACCGUAGAUAAACUACCUGGAAGUGACCAUGGCUUCCUCUAUGGCGGCCCUGGUGGUAAUUGUGAAGGGUAUAGAGGUUUGAGAAUGAUCCCAUUUUUAGUUUUGUUGUUUUUGUCUUCCAUUGUUAUAAACAGUACAACUGAAGGAUUAAAAAGUGUUGAAGAUCUUGAAAUAGAGAGACAACUCAAGAUUCUGAACAAACCCUACAUCAAAAGCAUCAAGACUGCAGAAGGUGAUAUCUUUGAUUGCAUUGAUAUAUAUAAACAACCAGCCUUUGAUCAUCCUUUGCUUAAAAACCAUAGCAUUCAGAUGAAACCUAGCUUUUUUCCAGAAAGAGUGAAAGAUAAAACUCUACCAGAUGCAGCCAAGACGUUUGCAGUUGGAUUGAGUGAAGGCUGCCCAUUUGGAACUGUUCCUAUCAAGAGGACUCGGAAGGAAGACUUAUUAUGGGCCAAAAUGUUUGUGAAAAAUUCUGGGUCAAACGCUGUCUCUCCUCCUACUCAUUAUGCAACAAGAAAAUUACCAAGCAGUCCAGGCAAAAACUAUAAGGGAGCUGCCGCAAUAAUUAAUAUACAAAACCCCCAAGUUCUAGACAAUCAAUUCAGCCAAGCAUUUAUACAGAUCCGAAGUGGCGAUGAUGUGAUUCAAGUUGGUUGGAUGGUAAAUCCAAAAUUAUAUGGCGAUAAUACUACGCGAGCCUUUGGUGCAUGGACUGCAGGUGAAAAUGGUUGUUUCAAUAUGCUCUGCUCGGGUUUUGUGCAAUUUAGUUCUAAAUAUCCUCUAGGCUAUGUCCUUGAUGAGGUUUCCCGUUACGAAGGAAAACAAUUUAAUGUAAAGUUCCACAUAGUCAAGGAUGUGAAGGAAGGAAAUUGGUGGCUUGUACACGAGAAAUUCGAUAUGCCACUUGGGUAUUGGCCGAAGUCUUUAUUUAGUAGUUUAUCCAGCUCAGCAACAGAGAUAAGAUGGGGAGGGGGAGUUUACACAGACAACAAUGCAGCUAGUCCUCCAAUGGGAAGCGGCCAUUUUGCAACCGAAGGCUACUCCAGGGCUGCUUUUAUAGAUGAUAUUGAAUUUGCAGAUGAAUCCAACAAUUGGAUAUAUCCCGAGUACGAUUCACUACAAUACGAGGAAGAUGUUCGAAAAUGUUACACCAUAUGUGCUCUAUCUGAAUCUGACCAUGGCUUCCUAUUUGGUGGCCCUGGUGGGAAUUGUCAACCCUAAUUUAACUUUCAUUUGUAGUCUUUGAAUCCCGGUUAAUUAAUAGUGUAUAAAUUAAGCGGUGAUUUAAGAUAUUAUAAUAAAAGUCUUAAAUUUAAAUU